UCAGCAGGAGGAGAAGAGUCUGACGGAGCAGCAGAAGAACAUUUUCACCCACCUGUACUCAGGUCGGCCACUACAGAGGAAACAAUGAGUUCAACACAAAAGGACCAACAUGGAGCGAGAAGUCAGCGCUCUCAGGAAGCCGACAAACCUCACAGAAGAAAGAGAGAGAAAACAUACAGCUGUGAGGAGUGUGGGAAGGAUUUUACUGUAAAGUCUAACCUAAGAAGACAUCAAGUCAUCCACACUGGAGAGAGACCGUUCAGCUGUGACUUGUGUGGAAAAUCUUUUAGUUUGAGGAAUACCUUAAAGACACACAAACGCAUUCACAGUGGAGUUAAACCAUUCAAGUGUAACCUGUGUGGAAAGUGUUUUACUCUAAAGAAUAACCUAAAUAGUCAUACGCUCAUCCACACUGGAGAGAAACCAUUCAGCUGUGACUUGUGUGGAAAACCUUUUAGACAGAAGAGUGGGCUAAAAAGUCACCAACUCAUCCACAGUGGAGUUAAGGCUUACAAGUGUGAUCAGUGCGGUAAAUCUUAUACUCGCAACGAUGCCUUACAGACUCAUCAAGUUUCCCACUCUGGAAUUAAGGCGUACAGCUGUGACUUUUGUGGGAAAACCUUUAAGAACCUUGGACGCCGAAAUAAACACCAACGCAUUCACACUGGAGAGGAUGUGUACUGCUGUGAUCAGUGUGACAAAUGGUUUACAACAUAUGCAAACUUACAAAUCCACAAAAUUACCCACACCGAAGAGAGAUCCUAUAAAUGUGACCUGUGUGAGAAGGCUUUUAAAUAUCCACAUUCCCUGAAAGAACACCAACAGAUCCACACCAGAAAGAGACUCUACAAGUGCAGUUACUGUGAGAAGCAGAGCGACACAGAUGGAUCCAGUUCUCAACCCUGUCAUCACUGUGGUGGUGGGAAAGAGUUUCAUUGUGACCUUUGUGGAAAAACUUUCUAUCAUCAAAGGAAUCUAAAAAUACAUCAACGUGGACAUACUGGACAAAAGUUGAACUACUGCAAAGAAUGUGGCAGAGGCUUCCCCACACCUAGUGCAUUAAAACGCCAUGAACUCAUUCACAGUGGGGUUAAAAAGCACGUCUGUGACCAGUGUGGGUCAUCCUUCACCACUGCAGGUCAGCUUAAAGCACAUAAACGAGUCCACACAGGAGAGAAACCAUACAAGUGCACAUACUGUGACAAAAGCUUCUCUCAUUCAAAUAGCCGUAUACUUCAUGAACGUACACACACUGAAGGAAACUACAGCUGUGACCAGUGUGACAAAAGCUUCAAGAAUCUCAGUUCAUACUCCAGACACAAACGAUCCCACGCUGUAAAUAAACAGUUUCAGUGUGACCAAUGUGCAAAAACAUUCACUUCAUUAUCUGCUCUGUGCAAACAUCAACAUGAUCAUCCAGGGCUGAAAUCACUCCCAUCAUUUGGUCACAGUGAAUCCGAAGAGAUGAAAAUCUCCUCUUCUGGUUGCAGGGACGGACUUAAAAGCCUUGAGAUCAGGCUCCACAGAGUUCAGAUGAAAUCUCCUGUAAAGGGUGUCAGCUAAUAUCACAGUUAGAUCUGAUGAGGUAGUGUUUCUGGGCUUGCAGUGAGUAAUAAAGUUCAAAUGUAAGAAUCUGCAUAUACAGCAUAUAUAUAACAAGUAUUUUUCCUAGAAGCUCUUCAUGCUUCAAAAUGUCCCAGUUACAUUUUAGUCUCUUCCCUUCAAAACAGUAAUAUUUGGUGGUAGUAGUACUUGUGUUAUAAAGUUGCAGAAAUACCUCUUGUGAGUCAGUGAGCGUGCCUGUGUAGCCGUUAUUUAAUUAGGCUGAAGAACACAUUCUUAUUUGCAUUGGUGGCUUGCAGAAGGAAAAGCCACUUGAAGAAAUGGGGUUAAGUUGUAAUAGAUAUAUUGUAUGACUGAGAACUAAUUCUGCAUUGAUUUUGAAUAUUCAACAUGUGGUGAAUACUGAAAAGAAGUGUAAGUCUCACAGCACGUAUACUGGCAUGUUCAGACUUGCUCAUACAGGGAGGGUGAGUGAUAGGGAUCCAUGGAGAUAAUCCAAUAAUCAGUGUUUUGAGAAGAUUCAAUCGUCCUUCCUCCGAACUCUGUGCAGAGCAGACACACCUGGAAGAUGGGAUUAUACUGAGGAUUUGCAGUUGGAUUAUAAAGCAGAGUGCAGGAGGAUUAACCAUCACCAAACAAAUACCAUCCAAGAAAUGGAUCUGUAAGACUUUUCUACUAAGCUCACUGUACUGUACUGGAUUGUAAACAGUGAGGAAAUCAAGGGACAUCAGAUGGAGUUGGUACUUUGACAUCUUUUUUCAUCAAACAUGCAGGGAACAACAAAACAUACAGAGCAUCUAUGCCUCCCCUUUUCUUCACACCACAUUCUGGUUUUGACGCUCCUACUCUGUGCUGUAGUAAAUUCUAUUUGACAAGCAGUUUCUGAUGCGCCAGAACACGACACCGCACCAGAGUUCCCUUCACCGUCAAGCAGCAAGUCAGAGGAGUGACAGGUGUAUUGUUCGUACCGCUCCAACUCUGAGCACUAUCUGUUUCAGUACACCUACUUCAGUCAACUGACUACAGGUCAGAAGUGCACGUGGGUGCAGGCUAAUAAGAAG